CUGGUGCGCGCGGAUCACGCCUUGUCACAUGACACACUCUUCCCCGAUUGCUGAGGAACUGAGGUCACGUGGUCUGCGGGUGACGAUUGAAUUCGUUCAUUAUGCCCUAUACUAGUUUGUCUGGCUGGCUGCAUUCGCAAUUUGACGGAGUAGCGUGAAUAUAUCUGAGCAAGCCCCUCAGAAACAACAUAAUUUGCUUUCUCUCUCCGCAUAUAUUUCAUGCGCAGUGUCUGUGGACGGACCCCUGCAAAGCUUCACAGACGCACCGCCACCAUCUGCCACUGAUCACGUGAUCGGAGGGAAUUACCCCGCACAUGCAUCUACAAAGCGAUCGUCAGCGUGCACAUCGCGGCACUCGUAUACCGCGCGCCGUUCGUGAGAGGAUCGUUCGUGCAAAGCCCACGCACUUAAUCGGAAUGUACAUGUAUCCGUCACUGAUGUGUGCGCGUGAACCGAGGUAUGCUGGCUAGUCCGGGAAAACACGAUGAGCGUGAACCGGUGAAAUAGACCCGUGCUGCGUGUUUGGGUGACGUGCAGGUGUCACGUACAUAGAUGACAGCUAAUGGCAUGAUGGACCACAUCAGACGAGGGAAUGCAUCAUUAAGAUACGGAUCUGCUCUCUUCUCUUCCUCCGUAUCUACAUCAGUCCAGUAUCUCUAAGAAGAGUUGUCCGCCUGAGAGUGUGUGUGUUUUCCUCUGGAUGCUACUUUGUUAACACCGCAUGCAUGCCGCGGACUGAUUGCCACAAUCGCUCCAUGACUCCUCAAAUGUCCCUGCAGUCCCUCUGUGAGCUCUAUGAUCAGCUGUCCGAGGAUAUGGACCAGCUGGAUAUAGUAGUCCUAGGAGCUCCCUCUGUCGGCAAGACGGCUCUCAUCGAACAAUACUGCAGGUGUCACUUUGUCCAGAAACACUACCCCACAACAAGUGCCUGUGUCUACACCACUGCCGUGGUGGCCAACAAUCAGCUAUUCGAGAUGAACCUGAUCGACAUCCCGGUGAUUCCUUUCUCGCCUCUGGACUAUCGGGCCAGCGAAGCCGUCCCUGGAUCCAGCUGGGAGGAGCUGCAGUCUCACGCCACGGCCAUCGGGACUGCAUCAGCUCUCAUCUUCAUCUACGAUAUCACGUCGCAGGAGAGCUUCCAAUACAUCAAGGACCUACGGGAACAGAUCUUGGAUUGCUACGACGCCGAAGGAGGGUUUGAUAUCCCCAUCAUAGUUGCUGGCAACAAGCAGGACCUACAAAUGCUCUCGCAUCUUCCCAGAAGGCAUAUAUCACAGAUAGUCAAGAAAACUUGGAAGUGUCCCUACGUGGAAUGCUCGGCCAAGUACAACUGGCACGUGGGAUCGCUUUUCAAUGAGGCGCUCAGGGCAAUCACGAUGGGGAACAGCAACAAAGAAGGACAAACUAGAUCAAGGAGAAUACCACUGCGUGCCUGGAAACAUUGCUCCUGCUCCAUCAUGUGAUAUCUAGAAAGUCCAAUUUCACCCCCGAAACCAUCCUUAAAAAUUCAUCUCAGAGCACCUUCACUCGCGGGGAAAAAUUUAAUCCGCCACCGUUUCGCUCCAGCUCUUCGGCAAGGUGAGAGAAACUCUUUUGCAUUUUCUUGUCAGCCAUCACCAUCACUCGGCAAGAAGUUUCCUGGAAGGUGUGAGAAGUAUCAGCCGGCCUGUUUACUCUCCUCUGUUUGCCUCACCUCGCCGGUCGAUGUCUAGAAGACGCUCCCUCAGGAUGUGUCAUUUGUGUAGGCGACAGGUGUUCUUCCCAGCAUAAUGAAGGAUCUACAUUUUUUUCAAUUUGGAAUGGAUGCAGCCCUAUUGACAGAAAUUUCGAAGGAAAAUUUCCAGAAUGUAUUUUUUGACUAACACCUUUAUUAGCCUUAUUGAAAUAUCGGUGUUUAUUUAGAGCUGUGCAAUAAUUUAGUUCCCGGUUUACCUUAAGGGAUAGAUAUUUUAAAAAUUUAAGCAUAACGUUAAUUGGAUCUCCGUUUGAAACUCCUCUUUUGCUGUAAACUUUUCCCGGUUGUAAAUUUAGAAGUAAUUCUGUGUUUCCAUAGGAUUCUGUAAAAUUAAGGUAGGCCUAUAUAUCGUUAACUGAAACUUGAUGUGUUUUUUCGUCGUCAAUCUGUCGUAAACCCAUUUUGAACAAGGAUUAAUCAGGAUACGUCUCAGGUGCUGAAUUAAUUUUCAUAAUAGGAAGAAAUUAUUUCCAUAAACCUGGAAAGAGUUUUUUCCACACCAUUCGGUUCGCCAAUUGCUAGAAGUUUGUCGUCUUGAAGGUCAAGUCUCACUUCGAGUCACGAAACAAGUCCUUUUUUAUUUUGGACAAAUCAAAUUGGACUGUCUGAUUUUGUCUGAUAUUAAGGCUGAAUCCGAUAACAUCCAUAUUCUCGGUUUCAUUCGAAUCGAUAGUCCUUUAAAUGUUGCAUUUUAGUGCGGUUUAUCUGUCUUCUGAUAUUCAGAAAUGAGCCUUAAGUUGUGUUAAACGUAAGUUCUCUUUAAUCAGUGUGUACAUGUACAUGUCUGAAAUCGAUGAUGACUUCUUUGCAUUGUAUCCAUAUAAAGACUUCACUCACAAAAUCAAUGGUGUCGAUUUUAACACCAUUGGUAUUUAUAUAGAACCACGGGUGUGAAAUUUUGACACCACUGAUCACCCACAGGUGUAAACUAUACACCACAGUUUUUGCAGUGCAUCAGCACACGUCAAGCAACUUAUUUUAUGUAAUUUUGGUCCAAAAUUACAUAAACCUGGACUGCUUUCCGUUAUAAUCCACUUCACCUUUUAGCUCCCUGAUUUCCUGGAUUCAUUAAUGUGUGUAUAAGUCACUGACUUAGAGCGCUGCAUUUUUCUUCCCGUAGGCGCCAUAAGGGAAGCGCGAUGCAAUCAUAGGCAGGUUGCGUAGCGAACUAUAGCAGUCGAGCCGCAAGCAUCAUCCGCGCAUAAUCCCAUAAUACCAUCGACCGGUGCACACGAUCACAUGUGAAUAUUUCUAUAUUUCCAAGUAAGGUUCACGUUUAUCCAGAGUGCGUACAUUAUAUUUAUAUAUUUAUACCAGUGAAUAUUCUAAAUAUACUGUAGGGAUACUUCAGAAUUUCCCCCAGCACCUGCAUGCGUACAUUAAUGUUGCCGCGCCGUUUUAAUCAUAACUGCCUGACUUCAGUUUAUAAAUAUCGGUCCGAGGGGUACAUACAAAUGAAGCUUGUUGUAUGUUGAAUUAAAAUAGUCUGGCCACUCUUUCUUUUUCAAUUUACUGCUGUCAAGUCGAGCAUGAUGUAUCUGUCGGAGCGACGAUUGCCAGUCUUAUUGCAUACAGUUACUUCUGCUCUACAAAUCACCCCAAAAUGUCAGAUUUUUCUCAGCCAGUUGGCCGGGCGUUUUUGUCCUUCUCGUCUUUCAGGCCGACACCUUUGUGACGAAAUUGGAAAAAAUAAGUUUGAUCAAUUCGUUGAGCUCCCACCUCUAACACAGACUCUGGUUGAAUCUGGUGUGAAAUUCUCCACUCUCGCCAGUUUCUAAAGUCUGAUUGAUAUUUUCCCGAGCGCUUACCAUGCAGGGAACACUUUUAAUAUACAAAAUAAUCGGCCUACAAUUGCUAUUUAAAUCAUAAAAAUAAUCAAAUUUCAAUUUGCGAUAAAUAACAUAAACUGCCAACGUCACAUAAAAUUCAGACAAACUUCAUUAUACACAGCUUAUAGUUAAUUACAUGCAUUUUACGAUCAAUUUCCCGAUCAUCUUCUA